AUCAAAAUCUAUUCUCUUCUUUUCAUCAUUUAAUUUAAUAUACAAAAUUCCUCCCAAAACCCUUCCAUGAUUUCAUCACUACCUAGUAUUUAUAUCACCUUAUGUGUAAACCCACAUGCUCCAAAACUUUCUCAACACAGAAUUCUAUUAAUAUACGCUACUAUACACUAAUUUCAUUUAUUUAUGAGGGGUGAGUUGAUUCAUUAAUUCUUGGAUCUUUGGGUGUCUAGGUUUACUUAGAGAAGUGACUUGUGUCUUUAAUGGGUUUGUUGAAAGAUGUGUCAGUGACAUGAAGAAGACGAACAACAACAAUAAGCUUGCAAUAAAUGUUUUGCCUUCAUCUUCAUCACACAUCAACACCACACAAAAAGUGUUUUUCAUACUCUUCAGAAAAGUCAAUACCGUGAAAAAGAGGAGACUCCUGACUCCUCAGUCAUUGCAAUGUCUUCUUCUUCUUCUUGCUUGUUCUUCACUUUCAUUCUCUUACUCAGUCUCUUCUCCUCCUAUGCUUCUCCAUCGAAUUCGACAUCCGAAACUGUGCCUCUCCGGCCUCAAAGAGAGAUUCAGAAGAUGAAACUCAUCAGAAAACAACUCCAAAAGAUUAAUAAACCAGCCAUCAAGACCAUUCAUAGCUCAGAUGGAGAUACGAUAGAUUGUGUUCCAUCUCAUCACCAGCCUGCUUUUGAUCAUCCUUUGUUACAGGGACAACGACCAAUGGAUCCACCGGAGAUGCCUAUAGGGUAUAGCCAAGAAAAUGAAUCCCACGAAAAUUUCCAGCUUUGGAGUUUAUACGGUGAGUCUUGCCCGGAAGGUACGAUUCCGAUCAGAAGAACAACGGAGCAAGACAUGUUAAGAGCAAAUUCUGUCCGUAGAUUUGGUCGGAAAAUCAGGCGCGUGAGAAGGGAUUCGAGCAGUAAUGGCCACGAGCAUGCGGUUGGAUACGUAUCGGGAAGUCAAUACUACGGAGCAAAAGCAAGUAUAAACGUGUGGACGCCACGUGUCAUAAGCCAAUACGAGUUUAGUCUAUCUCAGAUUUGGAUCAUCGCCGGUUCUUUCGCCGGCGAUCUUAAUACCAUCGAAGCUGGUUGGCAGAUUAGCCCGGAGCUAUACGGAGACACUAACCCAAGAUUCUUCACCUAUUGGACGUCGGAUGCUUACCAAGCAACAGGAUGCUAUAACCUACUAUGUUCUGGUUUUGUUCAAACAAACAAUCGAAUCGCAAUUGGAGCGGCGAUUUCGCCCGUUUCGUCGUAUAAAGGUGGACAAUUCGAUAUAAGCUUAUUGAUAUGGAAGGUAUAUUUCCUUAUCAGUACAUCAAAACUAUCUUACAUAUCAUAAUAUGCAUUGGUAUAAUUGAGAUUUCUCUAUUUUAUAAUCACGACUAAGUUUAAAUUCAUACUAAAUAUUAUUUCAUUCCUUGUAUAUUUAGAUUCUGAUUGCAUUGGUAGGGCGUAAAUAAGGCCUUUAACUCGAGUUUUGAGUACUCAAGUGUCUACCAAAUAAUUAUUGCACGUCAUAUUUUAUUUAAUAGAAUUGUCUCCUAACAAUUUAAACCCAAUUAAUUUAGCACUAAUUUAGUGUCUCCCGUGUAAGGCUUAUCCAUCAUAUUCAUAUGACUUACACGGUCAAUACAGCUCACUCAACUUUUAUAUGUGUUUAUAUGAAUUUCAUCUUUGAUAAUGUAGAAUUAUUCCAAUACGUAACACAACAAACUAAUCAAAAUCCCACGUGUAGGACCCAAAGCAUGGACAUUGGUGGCUCCAAUUCGGGUCGGGUACACUAGUCGGAUAUUGGCCCGUAUCUCUGUUCACACACCUGAGGGAGCAUGGAAACAUGGUCCAGUUUGGUGGCGAGAUCGUGAACACACGACCUGGUGGUUCACAUACUUCGACUCAAAUGGGCAGUGGCCAUUUUGCCGGUGAAGGUUUUGGAAAAGCGUCUUACUUUAGGAAUCUUCAAAUGGUAGAUUGGGACAAUACUCUUAUUCCGAUAUCUAAUCUUAAAGUUCUUGCAGAUCAUCCUAAUUGUUAUGAUAUAAGAGGAGGGGUAAACCGUGUUUGGGGUAACUUUUUUUAUUACGGAGGACCGGGUAAAAACUCGAAAUGUCCAUAGAGAAAAAAAAGAAGUGGAUAGUGUUGUUUUGAGCUUAAGUAAAUGAGAUUUUUUGGGAUUUAGAGCUCAGGACAAUGAUGAAAGAUCCAUAGUUUUUUUUUUUGUUUGUAAGAAAAGAAAUGUAUCGAUUGAUUGAUAUGUUAUCAAAUGUGUAAAUGUAGAAUAUGGUGUUAAGUGGAAGUAGGCGUUUAUAUUUUUUUUCCUAUGUCUUUCUUUGUUUGUAAUGCAUGCCUGAAAGAAAUUAUAACACAUAAUUUAUAUA